AGUCAUUAUGGUUCCACAUAGAACCAUCACCAUUCCCAAAGAACUCUUGAGGAACACACAUUUUUUAGUGUGUAGUGUAGGAUGACUAGUCAUCUUGAAAUGGUGGGAGAGACAGAGUGAGAAACGCUUAGGUGUGCGCCAGGGUGUGAGGAAGAGAGUUCGUGCGUGUGUGUGUGUGUGAGAGAGAGAGAGAGAGAGAGAGAGAGAGAGAGAGAGAGAGAGAGAGAGAGAGAGAGAGAGAGAGAGCGAGAGAGAGAGCGAGCGAGCAGUUGGGAAAGAUCGCUAUCAGCUGAAUUCAUUACAGUUAACGUCUCCCAUGGGUUUCAAGGGGAAAAGGCAAUUCUUGCAUUAGCAAUAAACAAUCCAAUGUUAGUCGUUUAUGGCUAGGAAAUCGGGCUGCUUUCUUGAGAACUGCGCGCAGUCGGUUCUUUUGGGUGUACAUGAAGGGGUGGGAGACAAAAGUCCCAUCUCUCCGCCGAAUGUAAUCCUUUAAUCUUUUGAAGGCAGCGUUGAACUUGGUGGCGCCUCUGAACCAGCCCGGGAGGCGAAGGACUGCUGCUGUGGCAUCGCCAGCGGAGUACAGGAGUAGCGGAGCAUACCGGGGAUAAACUGAAUCGUUGCCCGGACCAGCAUGCCCCCCCACAACAACCACCCGCCUCCGGGAAUUCUCGGACAGAGCCGCUAGGACCCUGGAGUACACCAGUCAAGAUGUGGAAGCCUGAAAGCCUGACAGAGUGAAAGCCUGCGCUGGGUGUCAUUCACGGGGGAAACGGACCAGGGAUAGUUCACCAUGCCCCAUGGAUAUACAAUAAAACGACGUUCAGCAUUCCUGAAAAAGGCCUCUGGAUCCAAAUGUCAAUUCCAACGGAGGCAGCAUCAGUCUGGGCCCAGCCGUGUGUAACGUGAGCGAGUGAAACAACGAGAGAGUGAAAGACAGAGAGAGAGGAAGAGAAGGAGAAGGAGGGGUCUCUCCGAUGAUAACCCUGAGUGUACCAUACAUGGCUCUCUGGUAGCCACCAUUUUAAAUUGGCCCUUACAGUGCACUGCAGCGGCUGACUGAGAGUGAAAAUGUGAUGAGCUUUGCUAUCAUCCCCUGUAGCGAGCUAGUGAGUGUGGAUGGCGGCCGGUGAAGGAGGCACAUUGCUUAAUGAGACCAUUGCUCUUGUGUUAGGACGCUUAGGACAGGCAAUUACGGAGGAAUUACCACCAGAGGCCUUCUCCAGCACUGCUGCUGCUGCCGCUCCACCACUGCUUACUGCUGGAGCAGCAAACUAAGCAUUCACAGCUGGUUACAGAACUUUUUUAUUCGGGUGGAUUUUUACUAUUUUUGUUAUUUUUUUUCUUUUUUGCUACUGGCUGUUGUGAUUGUCAUUUGUCGUUCUUUUAACGACAGCUCCAUCAGUUCUGACCUAUCGUUUAUAAUGGAGCUACAUCCAUUACGCGUGUGGAAUAAGGACUGGGCCUCUUUCCUCAGGCCAUGGAUACCCAUACUGCUGGGCCUGCACAUGCAGUUCUACCGGGCGUCUGGCUCAAGCUGCCCAGAGGAGUGCCGCUGUGACAGGACCUUUGUUUACUGCAACGAGAGGAGCCUGACCUCGGUGCCUCUAGGGAUCGGAGAGGGCUACAAGACCCUCUACCUCCACAACAACCAGAUCAACAAUGCCGGCUUCCCCUCUGAGCUUCACAAUGUCGCCUCCGUGGAGACUGUCUAUCUCUAUGGUAACCAGCUGGACGAGUUUCCCAUCAACCUGCCCAAGAAUGUACGGGUACUGCACCUGCAGGAGAACAACAUCCAGACCAUCUCCAGGGCCGCGCUGGCUCAGCUGCUGUGGCUGGAGGAGCUCCACCUGGACGAUAACUCUAUCUCCACAGUUGGGGUGGAAGAAGGGGCAUUCAGGGAGGCCGUCAGCCUCAAGAUGCUCUUCCUCACCAAGAACCACCUGAGCAGUGUCCCUAUUGGUCUCCCUGAGGACCUCAAAGAGUUGCGAUUGGACGAGAACCGGAUUGCAGUGAUCACCGAGGAGGCGCUCAGGAAUGUGACGAGGUUAGAGCGCCUCCUGCUGGACGGGAACCUGCUGACGGAUGAGGGUGUGGCCCCUGGAACCUUCCAGGACCUGGUGACACUACGGGAGCUGUCUCUGGCGCGGAACUCCCUCACCUACCCGCCCCCGCUUCUCCCAGGGGAUGUUCUGGUGAAGCUGAACUUUCAGGAUAAUCAGAUGAAUGAGAUCCCUGUGACGGCCUUCGCGGGGCUGAGAAAGCUGGAGAGGCUAGAUAUUUCCAACAACCAGCUGCAGUCCCUGACAGAGGGGGUCUUUGAUGGCCUCGUCAGCCUCAGACAGCUCACUGUUCGUAACAACCUUUGGCUGUGUGACUGCAGCAUUAACUGGGUCAUACUGUGGUUAAAGUCUCUGCCAGUCUCCCUCAACGUGCGCGGCUUCAUGUGCCAGAAGCCCGAAACUGUCCGGGGCAUGGUAAUCAGAGAGCUGAACACCGAGCUUAUCCAGUGCCCUCGCAGCACCACGGCUGCCCUGCUGCCCACCCACUUGCCCCCCACCUCGCCAGGCCUCACCACCCGCUUCCCUCCCUCCUCCACAGGCUACCCCUCAGACACAGAGUCUCUCUCUCCCCCAUCCAGGCUCCCCUUCUCACCCACACAUAACCCCCCUCUCCUCCCCUCCUCCCCUUCCAGAGGUGGGGAACAGAGGACUAACCUGCCACCCCUGGACCCUGAGCGGGAGACCCUGCAGAUCAAGUUCACCAUACUCAAUGGUUCAGCCAUCCACGUCAGCUGGGUGGCCUCCUUUCCUGUCACAGCCUACAAGGUCACCUGGGCCAAGAUGGGUCCCAGCCUGUCGGGAGACACAGUGAGGGAGAGGAUGGUGGGAGGGGAGCACCGGGGCAUACGUUUGGUCAACCUCAAGCCUAAGUCCACCUACCGGAUCUGUGUCAUCCCGUUGGAUGCGUUCAAUAACUACCGGCCCAAGGAUGAUACAGUGUGUUCAGAGGCUGUGACUAAGCCGGUCUCCUAUGGCCAAGGUAAUAAUACAGGGCCACCGGGGCCGGAGCAGGCCACCCAGCAGGACCCCAGUUCUCCCUUUCUUCUGGCUGGCCUCAUCGGAGGGGCCGUGAUCGUAGUUCUAGUGCUUUUCCUUAGCAUAUUCUGCUGGCACAUGCACAAGAAGGGUCGGUCGUCCUCGGCCAAGUGGAAAUACAAUAAGGGCAGGAGAAAAGACGACUACUGCGAGGCAGGAACCAAAAAGGAUAACUCUAUACUGGAAAUGACUGAGACCAGCUUCCAGAUAGCGUCCCUGAACAACGAGCAGCUCCUCAAGGGAGACUACCGCAUACAGCCCAUUUAUACCCCUAAUGGGGGCAUUGGCUUCAGAGACUGCCCUCUGGGAAGCAAUAGCACAGUAUACUGCAAGAACAAUGUUCAAGCAGACGCAGACUUUUGCCGUACAUGAUGGUUUUGCAUAGCAGAGUGUUAUAGAACCCCCUUUGUAUUAACAAAUACACUUAACUACAUACAGUACACUGAAAAGUAUAUUUCAAAGACCUCUGUGUCUGCAAUGUAAUUUAUACACCGGCUGGGCUAUAAUGUUGAAUUCAGCUAACUUUUAUAUUCCCUUAGUAAAAAAUGCUAAUUGAUUUAUAAGUUAUUUAUUUCUCAAAGUUGUGUAACUCGGUUCUGUGCAGACAGUUCUUUACAAUCAGAGCUUUCUCUCAUCAUCUUAUAUUUUGAGCUCCAUAAAGAUUGGGCCAUGUGGAAGUCAUAUGAUAGUCAGACGGUCUACUCAUUCCUAUAAAAAUAGCCUAGCCAGUAAUGAGUCUAACAUGCACAAUGUCCAUAACAGAUAUAGCUACAUCCCAUGUUUUGGCAAUGGAAAUUAAAACAAAAAGGGUUUAUGUCAUAGACUUGAUGUGGCAACUCAAUGUGACAGAGAGAACCAACCAUUCAGGAAAUGAGCUUUGGGGAUAAAUAUUUUCUCACAGUAAGGAUUUGAGAGAGAAUGGGAGAGAGUAUAGGAAGGAGGGAGGAAGGGGAGGGAAAGAGAGAGGGAGAGAAUCUGUUCAUUCAAAUGCACCACAAGAGGGCAGAAUUUGUCAUUAUUGUCAAUGAUUCAUUCAUGAUUCUUGAUCUUUUUAUUUGCUUGGACAUUGCUGAGUACUGAAUAGUAGUUCUGCCUAUGUAAGUAAUACUGCAGUGAGUGUCUCUCUUUCAUCAUCUCAUCUACAUAACAAAGACACAUUUCUAUGAACACAGUUUUGAGAAGUGUUGGUCAAAUGGCUGCAUGGAUUCCAGGGCUGGGUGACAUAAAGUGUCUCAGAUUAGAUGUGCUGAUCUAUGAUCACGUCCCCCUCUGUCAUCUUAUACAAAAUUGGCUACACUGAUCCUAGAUCAGCACUCCUAUUCUGAGAUGCUUGAUACAUGCGGCGUCUGAUUCAAGUACUUAUUUCAGUAACAACACACGGUUAUGUUGUUGGCCAGUGGUCAUUCACCACAACUUGGAAAUACUGUUCAUGAAAUGGUAGUAGGCUACUGUAGUUAUGGAGUUUGUUGAACCUUUUGAUUGUUUCCCAAGCUGUUUAAAAAAAACAGCUUGACUCAGCAAAUCAUGCACAGGUCAUAAGUUUGCAUCUUAUGCCUUCCAAAAAAACGAAAAUUAAAGCAUAAGGAAGCUGUACGUCGUAUAGUUGAGAAUGAAAGAUCAACAAGCACAUCUGUCAAGAUAGUUGGAUACGAAGCAACUAUUUGAGUUUAUGUUCAGCAAAAAAAAUAUGUUAUGGUAAUAUAUUAUAUGUGCCUUGAAAUGAUCAGCUCAUAAUGUAAGAUCUUUUGAAUCCAUGUGUUUUUUGCACAAAAGUGUAAUGUAAAUACAUUCAAUUGACAUUGAAUUGUUGUUGGAAAAAAUUGAUUGCCUCGUAUUUGAUUAUUUAUUUGUAUCUUGUUGUCUUAUCGCAUCUCUUUAUCACUUAAGAAAUGUUUUAUCUGUGAUGCUACGGUCUUCUCUGGGAGAAAUACACAAAUUAUGUAGAGAGUCUAUAUCAUCGAUGCUUUGAGUUAUUUUUCUACCAAAAUGUGUCCUCAGCUCUCACAAAAGUCGGGCCCUAAUUUGGAAGGGACACGUGUAGGCUGGAUAAUAAAUGUAAAAAAAAAAAAAAAGUCAAACACUGAAUGGUACCCUUGAGAACAAAUUCUGAGAUGAUGAUACUGCAAUUUGUUUGUCACAAAAUGUAUUGUGUCCCAUAUCAAACCGCUUGUCUAGGGAAUGUGGAACAUUGAGGGAAGGCUUUUAUAUCUCUAACAUUCCAAAAUGAUAUAGAUUACUGUAGUAAGUUGCAUCCCUCAUCCUCAGACAUUUUGUCAACCUCUGACAUUCCAUUUCAUGAAGCUUCUAUUCUAGCAUCUAUUUUUUAACGAGUCUCUAGUCUAGUGAAAGGUCAUUUAUGCUUUAGCCAAACUCUGCCCGCACUGAAGAUCAGACAGACUUGUAGUCCACUUUGGCUCUCUGCCACCUUUUCUACUGAUGGCUGCAAUUACAUGAUCCGGUACCGAUUCAGGUCAUGGCUCGGCUGUUUUCCUCAUUAGUCUUGAGCUGUGAGUCUUUGUGUGUGUCGCACAUGGGGAUGUGUGAAAUGUACUCCUCAGCCUGAAGUGUCACUUCUUGCGCCAGCGAAUAGCUAGCUUUUCACGAGGCGCAGACUGGUAAAAUGCUUCAGGAGGGCGGUCAUGUGUGUUAGCAAGGCAGAGGUCCUGAGUUUGCGUCAGGUAUGGGCUGAAUCUGGAAUAAUUGGUACUCGCUAAGCAAUCAGCAUGACGUCCUUUACAUGUGUACACAGUAUACUGUAGUGUGUGUGUACACACAUAUUCUCCCGUGAUUCCUCUUGAGAGCAGAGGAAUGAAUUAGGUGUAUAAACAGUAUACCUAUCUAAAUGAUCUCUAAUCUAUGUUCCUGGUGUGCCGGUGGAGACAGUAAUCAGCCUUUAAAUUCACACUUCCGUCUCCUUCAGUU